AUGUUGUCGAACCAGGAAGGACUCGUGAACCGGACGUCUUCAACUGUGGCUCGGUCAACGGCGGUGAACAGGGAAGACGAACAGCCACAGGGCGCCUUUGGUGGUGCGCGUGCCCGGAGCCCGCAAAUGGUCCGACGGGACCUGUUCAGGAUGCUUGGCCCAACCAGGAGCUGCAUGCUGUUGACCAUCCUCGUGAUUGCGGGCCUCUGCACCGCCGGCCUGGUCGUGUACGUCACGCAGAGGGUCAUCUACGCCCGCAUACAAGAGCACCAGCGCGUGCGCCAGUACCUGCGCGAAGUGCUGGGAGAGACCGGCCCUGACAGUCACCCGGGUGCUCCGUUCCCGCGGCAGCCUUUCAUCUUCGCCUGUCGGACCGAGCACUGCACCAAGGAGGGCAAACAUCUUCGCCGAAACGUCGCCUGGAGCCUCGAUCCAUGCAGGGACUUCCACGAGUACGCGUGCAGCGGCGACGCGAGGCGUCCGUCUCUCCGGGAGGACGCGCUGAGCCACUUCCUCGCCGAGGUGCGCUCUGUGCUCGGCAAGUGGGGUCAGUACCGCUGGACGAGACGACCGCCUGUGCACAUAAAGGCUUCCCGGUUUUUUCGUGCCUGCGACGGAUCAAAGCACAGCCGGGAGACCAUGGAGCACGACCUGGCGCAGUACCUGCGCGGAGUCGAUAGAAACCACAGGUUGCCGGAGGCCUGGGCUGCCGAGGUGGCCCGCACGCUGCAGUUCUUCCCCGUGUUCGAAGUGAGCGUCGCCGAGGUGUCGGACGCAUCGUGUAUCGUCCUCAAGGAGCCCGAGCGGUUCGACGGAGACGCUGUGCUGGGCAUGCCCACCAUCGCUUCGCGGACACAUCGCCAACUCAUUGCGAAGAUGAUGAAGGGAGAAGCCAAGUCUCUGGACGAUGCCCUCCAGUUCGCCUGGUCUCUGCGGUCCUUCGGCGGUCCUCCGGACGACACCCUCACACCCAUGAGCAAUAUCUCACAGACCACGAUCACUGCAUUGGCGGCCGAGUUCAAAGGAGAGUGGCGCUGGGAGCGUUUUCUGGAGGCAUUUCUUCUUGGACAUCUGGACAUGAGUGACCAGACAUGCGUCAUUGUGAGGUCCCCUUCGUACAUGAAGCAUGUGGCAGAGGUGAUGGCAGAGGUCAAAGCCGAGACGGUACGGGCCUACUUCAGCUACUCGCUGCACCUGCACCUGUGGCCCUUCUGGAGGCUACUCGACGGCGACAAGGAGCAGCACGAGCAGGCGUGCGCGAUGCUCACGUACCGGCUCUUUAACUUCGGCUUCGUCAAGCACUUCAACGACACGGCGCGCAUGAGCGUGGUUGCCAAGGCUGGUCUCAAGGAGGCCGUCGUGCGGAACUCGUACCGCAUGGCUAUGCUCCAGUCUGGGGACAUACCAAAAGACGUGAGGGAGCAAGUUCUGGAUGGCAUCGCCAACGCCGACAAGUCAUACUUCAACCCCAUGGACGACGUCGAUGCCUACUACGCGCCGACGCAGUCCGUCUCCGUGAACUGGCGACACAUCCUGACUACCUACCUGGAGAUUCGGCACAGUCUAGUCUCUCACUGGCUGAAAUACGUGGUCGGAUCGGGUGGUCGAGUGUUUGACACCAACCUGGACCUGGCGUGCCGAUUCAACCCGGACACGAAGACCCUGGGCAUACCGAUGUCCAUCGCCGACGUGGACGUGGGUGGCCGGGAGUUCUUCCUGGACAUACCCACCGUCGGACUGCUCAUGACGCGGUCUCUGUACAGGAUAUUCCAGGAGCGAGCCAUGUGGUCCAGCGAACUGCGGAAGCUACGCGUCUGCCUGCAGCGUGCCUACAGCAACAUUACCGUUUCCGAAGGGCAGAGCGUCGACGGCCUCCGCUGCCUACGCACCAGCAUCAUGGACCACGUAGUGCUGAGGGCGGUGCACAAGGCUUUCAAGACGGCCGUGGUGACCUACUCGCCCCAAAAGGAGCGUGGCUACCAGAUGCGCGACGUGUCCCUCCACUUCCCGGAGGUGCCGAACGUCAGCUCCGAGCAGCUCUUCUUCCUCAUGUACGCGCAGUCCUUCUGCGAGCCCCACGAGGACGUCGCCGACGUGCUCCAGAGGGCGUCGUGGGCGCCCAUCAAGUUUAGACUCAACCGGCAACUGGCGGACUUUGGGUCCUUUUCCGACGCGUUUCGGUGCGCCCCCGGAACACCCAUGCACCCGAAGCAGAGAUGCACCGCGUGA